AUGGAUGAAGAACAGGCCAUCGCAAGGUUCAGGGUAUGGCUUGCAGACGAGGAUCAAAAGCCCCGGGACCAUACCCUCCUCUUCCCGAACGAGGUCCAGUGGAGGGAUCACCAGCAAUGGCUUGAAAAGCAUGGGUAUCUCCUUCGCCCUCGCCUCCGACCUGGCUGGGUACCCUCCUGGACGGGUACCAAGAAACUUUGGGUCUUCUGUGAAGACGGACGACCAAUAUCUGUACGUCUUCUGUUUGGGUGCAUCUAUCACGCUAACGCCACCGACAAGUGGCCUUGGGCAGACGCCAUACGUAUGUCAAACGGCGAAGUCGUUGUUAUCAAACGUAUUUCCAAGAGCACAAAUCCGUACGAAGUUGACAUUUCUCGCAUGUUCUCUGCUGGGCUCCUCGCCUCGGACCCUCGCAAUCACUGCGUGCCCGUCUACGACAUUCUGCAAUCCCCGCUUGACGAUGACAUAGUCUUUAUCGUCAUUCAAUUCCUUCGCCCGUUCAACGCUCCGCGCAGGAUUCGGCUCGUUUUUGACUUUGAACUGUAUGUAACUGACGACGGGUCGCAGGGCCUCCAAUUUAUGCAUGAAUAUCGCGUCGCUCAUCGUGACAUCAAGAGGAACAACGUGAUGAUGUCCCCCGUACCAUUUCUGUCAGAGAUACCGCACCCCAUCUUCGACAAAAAGAGCUAUGAUUUCCGUCGCAAGAUCACGCGCACCACGCGCACUGCGGCGCGACCCAAAUAUUGCUACAUCGACUUCGGAAUCUCGCGUAGAUAUCCACAGAACUGCAUAUCUCCUCGCAAGCCUCCGUUCCAGGACUCCGACAAGCCGCAUGACCCAUUCCCUACCGACGUGUACUAUCUAGGCGAACUCUUUCGGCAGCAUUUCAUCCUUAAAAGCCAUGGGUUCGAGAUAUUGGAGUCGUUGGUAGCGGAUAUGAUCCAGACGGAUCCUUCCAGGCGGCCUACCAUGGAAGAAGUCGCCCAGCACUUCAGCAAGAUCCUCGCUGACAUGAGCCCAUGGAAGCUACGCUCACGCAUCGUUCACAGGGAGGAGUUUGCCAUCACUGGAUUUUUCAGAGCCAUUGGCCACGUGUUCCGGACGAUGCACGAACUACCCCUUGACUGGUUCGAGAGAUACCUCGACAACGAUCCGACGCUUAAUUUGGUCCUCACUGACAAAAACGGUCUCUACAGGCCCGAGAUCUGGUGGAGGGAUCAUCAAGAUUGGCUCGAGGAGCGCGGGUAUAUCCUUCGCCCUCGCCUCCGUCAUGGCUGGGUUCCGUCAUGGCAAGGAACUAAGCAGAGUUGGCUAUUCUGUGAAGACGGAGCGUCUAUACUAAACGACGAGCCUGACGAACCUGAAAUAUCUCGCAUGUUCUCCGUUGAGCCUCUUGCAUCCGAUCCUCGCAAUCACUGCGUACCCGUUUACGAAGUUAUGCAGUCCCCGCUCGACGAUGACAUUGUCUUCAUCGUCAUUCCCUUCCUUCGGCCUUUCGAGAAGCCGCCCUUUCGCACUAGUGGGGAAGCCUUAGAAUGCAUGCGGCAACUGAUUCAGGGCCUGCACCUCAUGCACGAACAUCAUGGUGCUCAUCGGCAAGUCGAACUCUACAACAACAUCAUGAUGUCCCCCGUGCCGUUCUUGUCAGAGAUGCCUCACCCUCGCUUUCCAAAGAAGAGCUACGAUUUCCGUCGCAGGAUCAAAUGCACCACUCGCACUACGGCACGCCCCAAAUACUAUUUCAUCGACUUUGGGAUGUCGUACAAAUACCCCAAAGACUGUGUUGCCCCUCGUGCGCCUCCCGUACUGGUCGACAGUCGGACGGUGCCCGAAUUCGAGGGCCCGGGGUUGAAUGAACUGCACGAUCCCUUCCCGGCCGAUAUAUACUGCCUAGGCGAGCUAUUCCGGUCGGUUUUCACUCAGGUAUAA